GCGUUACCUGAGGCCUGCCAUUAGCGAAUACAGCGAUGGGAUUGGAAGGCGUUUGAAAUAGAUAGGCAGGGAGCUAGGGCAGCAGCACCCAGAUUUAAUGGUGUUCCUCUGGAGACUGGGUGUAGUUUGGCGCACAGGAUGGACCCAUCUGCCACUUAGAGAGGAAGACCCCUGGUGCUCUUACCAAGAAGGCAUGAUUGGACAUGAGCAUUUCGGAUGCAAUUCAGGAAGCCAGCUGAAUGAUCCAACCAGGUCAGGAAAAACCUUUUACAUAUAGAGCAAGAGCCGCUGAUGAUGCACGAGGACGAGGACAAUUAUCAAGAGGGCUUUAUUCUUUCUGAGCGUGCAAAAUCACAGCCAAAGAGCAACACAGACACUCACAAUUCGGCCAUGGAUGCAGUGCUGUACAAUCACUAUGAAGAGAAGGUUCGCCCUUGUAUUGAUCUCAUAGACUCACUGAGAGCGUUGGGUGUGGAUCAGGACCUAUCCCUUCCAGCCAUCGCAGUGAUUGGAGACCAGAGCUCUGGAAAAAGCUCUGUCCUUGAGGCACUAUCCGGAGUAGCUCUUCCCAGGGGCAGCGGUAUUGUGACAAGAUGUCCUCUCGAACUGAAGCUGAGAAAAGCCAAAGGGGUGAAAAUAUGGAAGGGACGAAUAAGUUACAAGAAUUACUUGAAAGAACUCUCAGACCCAUCUGAGGUGGAUAAAGAAAUUGUGAAAGCUCAGAACACCAUGGCUGGAAAGGACCUUGGAAUCAGCCCUGAGCUGAUCAGUCUGGAAGUGGAGUCAAGCAAUGCCCCUGAUCUAACGUUAAUUGAUCUGCCAGGAAUAGCAAGAGUGGCAGUCGGUAACCAGCCACAGGAUAUUGGAGAGCAGAUCAAGCAGCUGAUCAGUUCCUACAUUAAUGAAGAUAAGACCCUUAACCUUGUUGUCAUCCCAUGUAAUGUUGACAUAGCAACCACAGAGGCCUUGAAAAUGGCUCAGGAAGCAGACCCUUCAGGAGGGAGAACAUUAGGUAUAUUAACAAAGCCGGACCUGGUCGACAAGGGCACAGAGGAAAGCAUCCUUAAAGUCAUGAGGAAUGAGGUUGUUGCUUUGAAUAAAGGUUACAUGGUUGUCAGAUGCCGUGGGCAACAAGACAUUAAUGAACAACUGACCUUGGCUGAGGCAUUGCAGAGGGAGAAAGCUUUUUUCAGACAGAAUGAGUACUUCAGGACCCUCUUGGAAGAAAAGGUGGCGACAGUGCAAUGUGUGGCUGCCAGACUGACCACAGAACUGGUCAAUCAGAUCCGGAAAACCCUGCCAACAAUUGAGAAAGAGGUUCGGUGCAAAAUUGCUGAAGCUAGCAGGGAUCUGGAAAUGCUGGGAUCAGGAGUGCCAGAGGCUGAUGAGGACAAGAUUCCUUUCCUCAUUGAUAAAAUUAGAGAUUACACUGAGGACCUCUUCAGCUUAACAAAUGGCGAAUAUUCAAGGGAUUAUGAGGAUCAUAUGAAAUUAUACACACUGGUGCGAAGGAACUUUGGAAAGUGGCACAGCCUCCUUGAUGACGAUCAGGUAGAGUUUAAAGAGAUAAUGAGUGAUAAAGUGUCAGCGUACACAGAGAAGUCCCGUGGGAGAGAAUUACCAGGAUUCACUAAUUACAGGAUCUUUGAAUCGCUGGCCAAGAAUCAGAUCAUGAAGUUGGAGUCUCCGUCUUUGUCCAUGCUAAAGGAGAUAGCAGACCUGGUCCAGUCAGUAUUUAAUGAUUUGUCUUUGCAGCAUUUUACAGGGCUGCCAAACCUAAUGAAAAGCAUCAAGAGUCAGAUUGAUGAAAUCCGCCAGACACAGGAAACUGAAGCGGAGGAGAUGCUGAAGACUCUGUUCCAGAUGGAGAAAAUGGUCUACAGUCAGGACAUCAUUUACUGCAACAAGCUGAAUGAAGUCCAGAUCGAGUAUGAGCAACCAGAGGAGCAGAGCAAGCAGCUGAUUUCCAUCAACACUGAUAUCACCGCAAUGUCUGUUCAUUUAGAGACCUACUACCUGAUUGCGUCAAACCGACUGGCUGACCUGGUUCCCAUGGUACUUCGAUUCUACCUCUUGCAGGAGUAUGCGAGCAAGCUGCAGCGCAAAAUGCUGCAGUUGUUGCAGGGCAAAGAGCGGACGGCCGAGCUGUUGGUGGAAGACGAAGACGUCUUUGAGAAGCGCAGGUUUCUCAACUGUCGCUUGAAAAGGCUGAGAAAAGCACGCCACAUCUUGACUAUGUGUUGAAGCAAAAUGUCCGUCGAUAGACUUAGUACAUGGUCAGCAAGCUAGUAGGUUUUUGGGAGUUACUGAUCAUGAUUUCCAUUUGGAAACCCAUGGGGUUGAUAUGUCCAAGAGAAAACAGCAUUCCUGUCAUUUGCCAUUGUCUACAAUGACCUACUAAAUAAGUGUGAAUUCAACAUACAAACAUGUUAAGGCCAUUCAGCCCCCUGUAUCUGUUCUGCCAUUCAAUUAUAUCAUAGCAGAUCUGUAUCUUAACUCCAUCUAAGCACUUGGUUCUGUAUCCCUUAAUAACCUUGCCUGCAAAUAUCCUUGCCUACUAAAAAUGUAAUGACCCCAGCUCUGAAAUCAUCAAUUGCACCCCAGCCUCUACAAUUCUUUGAUGGGGGUUGGAAGACGGUUCCAGAUUUCCAACACUUGUAUGAAGAAGUACAUCCUAACAUGAUUUGGCUCUAAUACAGUUAUAAUUCCCUUGUUUUGGACUCGCCCAGCAGAGGCAAUCAUUGCUCUCUCUCUACCUUCUUUGAUCAUAGUCAUUUCAUAGUACAGAGCUUGAGUAUUGCUGAAAAAAGAGACAUGUUUUUUGUCAAAGCUUUUCGUGUUGCAUUCAUCAGGACAUUUCAGUCACCAUCAACUGGUGCAUUCUCCAUGGCAAUGCCUCUACCAAUCAGUGUCCACGUGCCAUUCAAUCAUCACUCUCUUCUCACAUAGUUUAAAUUGUUAGCCCCUUUACAUCUGGUUUUCUUGCGAAUUGUCCUGAUGAGUGCAAGACAAAAAGCUUUGACAAAAUUGUCUUUUUCUUUCAGCAAUAUUCUUUGAUCAUCAUAAACACCUCAAUUAGAUCACCCCUUAAUCUUUUAUACUGCAAGUUUAUGCUUAGGCUUAUGAGUCGGUUAGGCUAGAACCUCAAACCACCCACAGAGCUUGAUGGAUGGAAAGUUGUGGAGAAGUUUCUGAGAGAUGCAAAGCUAUCCCUUGGCCACCUGAACUCUUAAAAUUAUCUCCCUCACUGUAAGAUGCUUACCCUAUUUAGUCUCCACCAUUCUUUUCUCUCUUCCUCCACCCCAACAUUCUGUCUUUUAAAGAAAAAUCUGGACAUUUCCUAGCAUAACUCAUAUAUUUAUCAAGGUUUCAUCAAUGCUGUUUCUUGGCAUAGGAUGUACAGCGAGAAGGGAUUAAGGUCUUUUUAAAAAUUAGCUUUUCUUUGUUCUUGUCUGGCAUCAGUUCCCAAAACAAACAGCCAGACAAAACAAAUUGUAGAGUUAGUAUUUUGUUACUUAGGUUUUAUGCACAGGAGUGCACAUUAUGCAUCAUGUAUGGGUUGUGUAGUUCUUAUGCUGUAUGUUAGAAUAAUACUCUUUGUUAAAGUGUAAUGGUUUAUUAGAUCUAGUUGGUAUAUUCAGCGAGACUCUGGAGCUUUUGCUCAACAGAAGCACUGAUGAGGCUUCACUGGUGGCAGUGUAUCCUUGGUAUAGCAUUUGUUUAAUGCUGUAAUGAAGCUCUGACGGUUCAAUAAAAAUACUAUUUAAA